AUGCCCCCCUCCUCCCUCCCCGCCCCAACCUCCAAAAAAGUUGCCCUCACCGCACUCCGCGGCCUGGUAGUCGGCACCUCCUGCACGCUUGCCCUCAUCGCAGAAGACCGCAGGCGGAGAAUCAAUAAGGCCGUGCGGGCGAUUGAGAAUGGGGAGCGCAUCAAGAGUGCGAAGGGAUACCGCGCUGGAGCCGGGGGUGUAGCUCUGGCCGCGGUGGAGGAGGAGCAGACGUUUUGGGAGGGGAGGGGGAGUUUGGGGCUUGAGGGGGCGAGGUAUGGGGGCUGGGGGGAUAGGGAGGAUGGGGUUGUUAGGUUUGGUGGGGAGGGUAAGGGGGAGAGGGGGUGGUGGUUUGAAGAGGGGGAGGGGGACGGGAAGGUGAGGAAGGGCAGGACGUUGAAUGUUACGGAUGCGUCUGAGAACGCGACGGAGAUACCACCCACCAACAACAGCCCACCAGAACCGGUACCACCCAGGAAACCGCCAAUACCACCACCAUCACCAUCGAAUCACCCACCACCACCGAUUCCCCCACCUCAAACGCCCGUACCGAGCUGGGUAUUGGCCAACUUGGACGUCAUCAAAGCCCACUCGUUCCCCGCCCCCAGCGAUAUCGUCACGCGGAUCCACGACGCCUGCAACUCCCGAGAACCAUUACGACUCACCACUGCCAACCGUGUGGUGUUAGAAGCCAUAGCGCAUGGACUCGCGCCAGGAAACCUAGAUGCGCGGUGGAUGGAAGCGACCGCGCGGCUGUGCCGGACGUGUCGGGAGGAGGGACGACUGGACGAGGCUGCGGAGCUGCUGUACCGGCUGAGUUGCGGGGGGGCGUUACAGGAGAGUGAUUAUCUCAACUUUGAGCCGUUUCUGUUGAUUGAGACGUUAUUGGAUAGGAACGCGGUCAACCAGGAUCUUCCCGAGUUAUGUGCGGCGAAUGUGGAUCGCGCUGUUAACUUGUUUAUUCCCAAGCUCACCACACGGCUGGAAGGGGCGAAUGCAGAGGCGUCCCGGGUCGGGCGUCGGCUGCUCGAGGCGUGCUUUGCGUCUGACGAGCUCAAGCGGGUGUUUGCUGUCUACCGGCGGUGUAUUCUGGUUGCGGACGGGAACUGGAACGAGUUUGCGUCGUGGUUUCUCACGAAUCUCCACAAGAAGGAGCAGUACUCGUUUGUCAUCGACCACUUCCUGACAACCUUCAUCCAGUCGGGCCCAACCGAAGAGUCUAUACACGCCAUCGGCGACCUGGUCGUCGACAGUCUCGAGUCCAGCGGCGACCGCAGGAUUCCCAAGGUGUUGGAGAAAAUCCAAGAGAUCUGCGCCGGGCUCGGGACCACCAAGAUGAACCCGACGUGGGUGAUGAAGCUGCUAGUACUGCGCUGGAGGAAGCACCGCAAGUUUAAAGAAGUCGAGGCCAUGUUUGAGAAGCUGCAAAUUCCCGGCCUGCAGGACGCUGUGUACCGCUGGGACAAUGUGUACCGCGUCAUGGUGGAGCUGGCGCUCGAGUCGGGCGACGAUGUCAAGGCCGAGGCGUACUUCGACAUGGCCGUCGCACAGAACCCGGCGCUUGCCUCUGACGUGCGGCUGCUGGGGGUUAUUGCCCGGUUCCACGCUGUCUGUGGCGAUUGGGCAGCUGUCCGUGCGGACUUUGAGGCCAUGAGCGAGAACGGGAAAUCGCGCGAGAAGUGGUACAGCCGGGUGUUUGUGCCGGUGCUCAAGUCCUUCGCUGAGACGCACAGCGUGCGGGAGACGGAGGCCUUUUUGAGGACGUACAAGGAGGAGCUCGGAGUGCCGCUGUGCAGCUACACCGUCACGCUGAUGGCUAAGCAGUAUGGUGUGAUCCAUGAUCUCGCGUCCCUGAUCGAGUGGCUCGACUACUGCAGCCGGUCCGGGUUCCCCGUCGACGCGGCGUUUACGAAUGCCAUUCUGGUGCGGUGUCGCAGGCAGUGGAAGUUUCCGUUCCGGGACCUGCGCACGCUCUUCCGCAAGCUACGGGCGUUGAAUCCUGACUGGGUGGAUGGGUAUACUAGCCAUGUCAUGACCGAUGCUGCGUUAGCGGACUCAAGAUACCGUGGAAGGCCGGCCAGGGGCCGAGUUCUGUCCUUGAGGCUGGAUAACGCAUCGCCGCAGCGGCGGCUGGCUACGCGGACGUUCUUCGCCCAGAAAGAGGGGGUGGUAUCCGCCAUGAAGCACGCACUAUUAAAUCGCUCGCCACGUCGUGCCCUCGCGCUAUACGCCCGCGCCGUGCGGAAAAAAGUUCCCUUCUCACCCUACGCCCUGCAGCUAGCCAUCCAAGCCCAGCUCCGACUCGCACCUGACGACCUCGAAACCGCCUACGCCUUCAUCCAAAAAGCCCAAGCCCAUGGCCACGACACAACCUCCGUGAUCAACCACCUGAUCGCCCAGCAACUCACCAACCUCAAACCACCACCACACCCCGAAUACCCACAUCACCGCCCCCACGAAACCGACGAAGUCGCCCGCAACACCCUGACCGCCUACCACAACGCCGGCGUACACCUCACCCCAACCUCCCUCCACCGCGCAGCCACAAUCUGCCUCCAAGCGCACCACUUCCACGCCGCCAUCCUCUACGCCCGCGCCGCUGCCGACGCCCACGGCAGCCCACCUUGCUUCGACCUGCCCAACUUCCGCCUGCUUCUCCUCGCCCACGCUGAACUCGCCGACGUCGACCAACUCCGCGAUACCCUCGACCGGGGGCUCGCACCCACCUCCCCCUACCGCGAAGCCCGCGCCACGCGUCGCGCGUUGCGCCUCGCGCGUGCUCGCAUUGUGCUAUCUGAGGCAAGGUGGUAUGCGACCCCCGACGAGCGAGCGCAAGCCCACGCGCUGGUGGAAGAGGGGUUGGAAAGGGUGAUCGAGAUGCGGAAGACACUAAGGGAGGAUGGGAAGAAAUUGGAGAUGGCUGCGGUCGAGAUUAUGAGGAGGGCUGCGAGGGAGGCCGGGUUGGAGGAGGUGGAUUUCGGUGAGGUGCCUUGGUUGGGUGGAGGAGAGGAAAAUAAGGAGAGAAAGAGGGAGAGGGAACGGGAGAGGGAAUUGAAGCGGGAGAUGAUGGAAAUGCACAGGCAGCGGGGAAGCGGGAUGUAUGAGUAUGGGUAUGACUAUGACGUGCAAGACGAAGAUAGGGGAUGGCAGGAUAGGGGAUUACUGCAUACAGAAGAGGAAGGGAGGAGUAGUGAAAAUGGGGAAUGGUACGGGGAAACAGAUGAUGAAGGAUGGCGGGAUUGUUUAGGGACGGGGGAGGAUGAUGGAUGGAGUGAUGUGGAUGGGAGUGAGGAUAGGUCGCCGGUGGAUAGCGGGUAUGGGGGGUCAGAGCGGGGGGUCCUGAUGGAGGAGCUGGGGAAGAAGGCGGUUGGUGUUGGAGGGUGA